UUGCAUCUACAGUUAAACGUACUAAUACAAAGAUGUGAUUAAUCAGAAGCGGUGGAGUAUUGAUCGAUCUGCUACGUGAGGCUGAAUCAAUAACAUACACAAUAGUUUCAAGACAUCAUCAAUACAGCUCUUCAAGGUUAAAAAUUAGUUACACAUCUCGGAACCGAGUUUGGUAUUCACGUGUUGAUUAUUUGAAAAAUGCCUUGGGGAUACGAAAAGGCAAAUGGUCCAUGUACGUGGUGUAACGAGUUUCCAAUUGCCAAUGGAAAAAGACAAUCGCCAAUCGAUAUAGUACCAGAGAAUGCUACGUUUGAUCAAAAGCUAGCGAGUUCUCCAUUGGUUAUAAAUUAUAAUCCAGAACCAAAGCCGGAAGUUAUGAAUACGGGAAAAUCUGUAAAAGUGCAGGCAACACAUUCAUCGGAAAUAAAAGGAGGACCUUUAACGGGGACGUAUAAAUUGGAACAGUUUCAUUUUCAUUGGGGAGCAAAUGACAAAAAAGGUUCUGAACACACAAUCAAUGGCAAGAUGUACGCCUCUGAGCUGCAUUUAGUACAUUACAAUACCAAAUAUCCUAAUUUUGGAGCCGCUGCAGACAAACCAGAUGGUCUUGCAGUAUUUGGCUUCUUCGUCAGGCCAGGAGCUAAACACGUUGGAAUGAAAGAAUUUACAGAUACUGCAUUAGCAGCAGUCAGAGAUGAAGGCAAAAAAGUCCAUAUGACUUCGGAUCUGGAUAUGAAAACUCUAUUGAAUUCGGACACAACCAAGUAUUGGACGUAUUUAGGAUCACUGACAACGCCACCUUUGUAUGAAAGUGUCACGUGGAUUGUAUUUAAAGAACCAAUCGAAAUGUCUGAUGAGCAGUUACAUGAGCUACGUAAUCUCAGAUGUGGUAGUAACUGUAUAGUAGACAACUAUAGGCCACCUGUACCACUUGGCGACAGAACAGUCCGAGCAUCGUUUAAAUGAAAGACUUGAUGAAAGGAUGAACAGUAGCAAUACCAUUACAAAUCCUAUUGCAAUACUACAAUUACAGAUACAUUAUCGUAUGUCUUCUAUACAUUUGUUUUCAAAAGCAUUAUCAAUUUUCCAUAAAUGUUGUUAACAGCAUUUAGUAUAUUGUAAUAUUUGAAUAAUUGUUUUCUGUUAGAUUGUUAUAUGUUUUCGCACGGGGUGUUUGACCCGUAAAUGACUAGGUUUGCCAUUUUUUCUUCCAAAGGUCUGUGAUUUUCUCCGAUUAUUCUUCCGAUAAAAUCUGACCGCCUAAACAAAACCAAUAGUCCUGAAUGUGGUGUUAAACACCAAUAAUCAUUCAAUGAAUAUAUAUUUUAACAUAUUAGGAAAGCCUGUGACGUAGUGUCAUUAUUUUGUUUAAUAGAUCUUGGAACAGUUGACGUUUCCUGAAGUUGUUGAUGAAUUAAUAGAACUGAAAAGGAUAUAUAUACGCCUCGGUAUAGGGACUUAUACCUAACGUGGAAUUUUAUAAAGUGCCAUUUUAUAUGUGAAAGUGCUAUUUUGUCCUGUUUGUCCUAAAUUUUACACAUUUAGUGCUUGAGAUUAUUGAAGUGCUUUGCAUUGUUUAUUUUUAAUGUUAACACGAAUAUUUGUUUGUUAUAUUAGAAUCAGCAUUAAUUGAAACGUUUCAUUUAUAUUUGAUUUUAUUGUUAAAUAUACAUUUUAUAUAGUUUACAAUUGAGUUUUAAAAGUAUUGAGAAUGGUAUUCCUUCUUUCUAUUUACACGGAGGUUAGUUUUUUUACCACUCCUACUACGCAUAAUAUUAUUUUAAAAAUACGGUUGAUUUUGUUUGUUAAACACUAUUACAAAGUGAUAUUAUUGUAGAUAAACUAUACUAUACGAAAAAAAUUGUGUUUUAAACACUGCAUAUUAGUGCUAAAAGCAUAUGCAUGUUGUUUAUCUGUGAGCUAUCAAGUAUUAAAGUUAACAUGUC